GUAAAAUCGUUUUGCUAAUAAUGGAAACUCGUUUCUUUGUUCGUACUCCUGUGCUUCAAAAAUCGAACUGCCUGGAAGUGAAAAGCAUUCCAAUAUAGUUUGAAAACAAAGGCCAAAAUGCUUCAUCGUAAACACUUAUUCCAAAUCUCCAAACAAGACUUUUGCCGUCAUUUUCUUCAGAUACAUUUUCGUUCAAAAUCAAACCGUGGCUUCAGAAACAUCGAUGGAGAAGAAAACUGCAACAUUAUCAAAAAAUCCGAAAACCAUGAAGCAAACAUAUACUUGCUCAAGAGUAGAGGCCAACACCUUCUGACUAAUCCACGAGUUCUCGACUCCAUCAUCAGUAAAUCCAACAUACUCCCCACUGAUACCGUCCUAGAAAUCGGGCCUGGAACCGGAAAUCUCACUCUUAAGCUCCUAAACGUCGCCGAAAAGGUUAUAGCCAUCGAGGUUGAUAAACGCAUGAUCGAAAUCCUCAACAAACGUGCGACUGAGCAUUGCCUGCGUGAUAAAUUAACGAUAGUAUGCCAAGAUGCACUAAAGACCGAGUUUCCACGGUUUGAUUUAAUGGUAGCCAACAUUCCAUACGGGAUUUCAUCACCUCUGAUUGCCAAAGUGGUGUUUGGAACAAAUGCAUAUAGGAGUGCAACACUUUUGCUACAGAAGGAGUUCGCAAGGAGAUUACUAGCGAACCCAGGAGACUCAGAAUUCAACAGGUUGGCUGCAAAUGUGAAGCUGAUGGCUGAUGUGGAGUUGGUGAUGGAUGUGAGCAAGAGGGACUUCUUACCUUGCCCAAAAGUUGAUUCAUCCGUUGUUAGGAUCCAUCCAAAAGCAUCAGUCCUUGAUGUCAAUGUUGACGAAUGGUUGGCGUUCACAAGGACUUGUUUUACAAAGAAGAACAAAACGUUGGGUGCGAUUUUUAAGCAGAAAAGAAUGUUAGCUGAGUUAAUGGAAUUGCAAGAAGUGAAACAGGGUCAAGAAAUGGGGGAACCGCUGGCUUCUUUUAGGGAAAUGAUCGUCAAUAUUUUAAGUUCAGGUGGAUUUGAUGAUAAGAGGCCAGCAAAGCUCACCCAUGAAGAGUUGGUGCAUUUGUUGUCCCUAUUUAAUCACGCUGGGAUUGCAUUUCAUGGUCCUGGAAAACUGAAGGAUCGAAGAAGCUGGUCUUCAGAUAAUGACUUAGAGGAUCCACAACACACUUAGCGGCGCAAGCUGGAUUUGGUGCUCCAAGUUGAGGUCCAUCUAGUCUACAAGAUAGGCUCCCCUAAUUACAGAUUCUACUCAAUUUUAUUUUGCAUUAAAUUUGAGUAUUAGAAUAUGCUCCGUAUUUAUAUCUUAUAUCGAAGAACAUGAGUUCCAAUGUGAUUUUGCAAUACUUGAUGUGAUUUAAAUUGGUAUGAUUAGGAAUAUAAAUUUAGUUAUCUCAAUUUAAAAUUCUAUAUACAAAUUGUAUUAGUUCAAGACAUUUUCUUUUAUACUUGGUCACCUGAAGUUACAGCCACAAUGGUAAGCUUUUUAUGUCCAUGGGGCUGUGCUCAAUUGGAGGCAUUGUGAUUUGCAAUAUGUACAAUUUCGGUAAUGUUGAACUUUUAUUUCUUGAUGAUUAUUCGAGUUUUUAUUUAUUUAUUUUGAUAUUGGUUUUUGUCUUAUUGUCUUUACUCUUUAAUAUAUAUGUGCAUACUUUUGUUUUCUUGUGUGCUAUAUAAAAAGAAUCAUGAUACCACAAGAGCUCUCAUUAUCUGACAGUUUUCUGAAUGUGAAUUCAUACUUUAAAUUUGUCUCAAAGAGGUUUACACCAUUACUAAUCUGCUAUAUAAUAAUACAAAAUUAAUGCAGCAGAAAAUGAAAACUUACUACAUCUUUUCUGCCAGUGUAUGGUGGGUCACCCAAGACCUCUGGAGCUCGUAGGGGUGGAAUUUGCUGGGUGGGGGAGCGACGUUUUUACAGAACGGGGUGACAGAAUUUUUCUUAAAAAUGGGAGUGACCUGUGAUGCAGUUUUGUAAUGUAUUUGUGGUUCUUAUGGCAGUACCAAAAUAAGAAAUUGUAGAAUGCAUGGUUUGCUCCUGUCGAACGUGUGAAAAAGAAGCUGCUUCUUUUAUUGAAGAUUGGCCUGGAGUCCAAUGACAGCCAGAAACAAGAGAGCAGUGGGAGCAUGGACUAUUGAUAUGGAGGCAGAUGCAUGUGGAUGGAGCGAAGCUCAACAUAGAGCUACCGGGUUGGGGUGGGUUGCUCAGGAUUGUUAAGGUAUCCUUUUUGCCAAUGGUGAUAUUUACAGGCAUUGGCAAUAAAGGAAGUGCUAAGAUGGAUCAACUCUUUUGGUUCCCCUCCCCCAGUCCCCCUUGCUUAGGUUCUGCUUCCUUUUGUUUGUUUAGAUUUGACAUGGUUUAUGUUCCAAUUUGUAGCAAUCCAUGCAGAUUUGUUAUUACAUUUUGAAUGCUCAUUCAUUUUGAACCUUUUGAAGGGAUUGUAAGGUUUUAAUAUCAUAUUAGAAGCAUAGAGAUUGACGUGAUAAUAUUAAGCCUCCAUAUGUGACAAUUACAUGAUCAACGUUUUUUUGGGAAUCAUUGAACUUCUGAUUGAGCCUGG